AACAAACAGACGGCUCGUUCUCGAGCCAGUCUGGGUUAUUUAGUUUGAGGAGUUCACUCGCAGUGUCCGGCUGGUCUCAAGUAAAAUGAGCUCACCUUUGUCGAUGCUGAAGAAAACGAGGCGCACUCCGCUGCAGGGCCCUCUGAACGAGCAACGGGGCAGACAAAAAGUGCCUUUCAGGAGGAAUCGGUUAACAGAAUUUCAGGCAGCAUUAGUUGACAGUGCUGAUGAUGAUCCAUCUGAUACAAAUCCUCUCCAGUCCUCCCACACUCCAGCCAGCAAAGCCUCCACUUCAAAAUCAAAAGCCCCUUUAAAGAAAGCUGCUCCACCAAGCGACUUUGAGCUCAUGUCUGCCAUGAUGCAGCGGGUGAACCUGCUGGAGAAAAAAGUGAGGAGCCAAGCGCAGGAGAUCGAGUGCAAGAAUAAAAAGAUCUCUGUUUUGGAGAAGAAGCUGAAGGUUUGGAAAGAAUCAGGGAGUGCACAUGAUCUGAGCGGCAGAGAGGGUCUUGAAAAAAGGUGCCAACAACUGCAGAACCAAGUGCAUGAAAUGGAGAGCUUUCUAAAUGACUAUGGUUUGCUCUGGGUGGGAGAUGGGGAGACCAGUGACUCAGAGGACUGUGAGCAGACAUACAGCUCAGGUAGAGGCCUCUGGCAGCCAGGCAUCUCUGGGGUCAGGGAUUUCCACAUGAACUUUGACCUUGUGAUGCUGAGGAUCAUGGAGCUGAACAUCCUCGCAGGGGAGGGAGAGUCUUUUGUGCAGUCGACAGCCACGGGGGCCCAGCUGGCAAAAAAGGAGCCUAUUCAACUUAGGCUCUACAGCAAUGGCAUUGUCAUGUUUGAUGGUCCUUUCCGCUCUUAUCAGGAGCACAGCACCCAGCAGUGCAUGCGUGAUCUGAUGGACGGGUAUUUUCCAUCUGAGCUUCAGGAAAGAUUUCCAGAUGGUGUUCCUUUUGAGGUUCAUGACAGGCGAGAUGAAGAAUUUAUCUUCAGGCUACCGUGGGAGAAAGAUGAUUCAUCAAGUGUUGCCAGCUCUCAAAUACCUGGUCUGUCCUGCAAACAUCACUCUGAUACUCCCAAAAAUCAGACCUGUGAUGGAUAUCCUUUAUCUUCACUGUCAUUCUCAUGUUCUCUUCUGGCUCACACAGGCAAGACAGUGACCAUGGAUCAGUUCCUGAACAGGCUGCCGAAGGUGGUGGUCAAGGCUGGUCGCGUGAUUGAUGUCAGGGACUCACUGAGAGCAACCCUGCAGGGUUCAUCUGAUGUGCAGAGCAGCGACUCAGUGGUCUUCAUAGACACAGCCGCACUGCAGGCAAUGAGAGAGAGACUGGAGACAUCCAGCUCUGACAGGCCAUCGUCACCCCGUGAUGUCAUCACGCUCAAGGUGAAGUCUGAGGAUGGGAGUCAUACUUACAUCUUGAAAAUGUGCUUCUCAGAAACAAUCGGCCACCUGCGACAGUAUCUGGACAAACACAGAGGCGAUGGUCUCCCUGGUUACGACAUCAUCAGCGCGUACCCACAAUGCCGCUACGAUGACGACUGCAGGACACUCCCAUCAUGUGGACUCACCACUAAUGCUACUCUGCUGCUGCGAAGGAGACAUUCAUUGACUGGAGUCAAUCAAAUAAACUUAUAAAAAGUCAUAUAUGACUUGUAAGGCACUUUUUUUUUCUUUUCUUUUUUUUUUUAUAAAAUCAGCCUUUUUCACAGAAGACUAGUCAGUCAUAGUAAGAACAGUACAGGUGUUCAAGUGUCCCCUACAGUGAGCUGCCAUGCACAAUACCAGGCCCCUGAAACUGAAGCUGCUAAAUGGAAUUCAGUCAUCAAUAAUCUUAGUAUUUACCCAUGUGCUCUUCCUACUCUGUCAAAAUGGCUUCUGUGAAAAAGGUCCACCCUUGAGUGAGAGAAAAUCCUGUUAGUGACACAGAUGUGGAUGCAUUGAUCAAACUGAUACCAAUUCCAAUACCUUAACUCCAGGUAUCUGCUGAUGCCAAGGGUCUUUUUUCCAAAAGUAGAAUCUGUCAAUCUCACUGCUGUGGAAGUCAUUUGAAUCAUUUUUAUGUAGCAGGAGAAGUGAGCUGUUUGUCCACUGAAACAUUAUGCUUUAUCUCAAUGACAAAAGAAAAAUUAUUUUACGUGGAUCGGUCAUGUCAAGGUUGAUACCUGAUCUGCUUAAUAAGAUGAGUAUCAAGGCCAACGCGGAUCCAGUGUA